AUGGAGCGAGUUUCUGAGUUGGGACAAUGGCAAAAGCAGGAAGUAAAAGCACGUGGAACGAGCUGGGAUGUCAAGAGCAUGGAUGUUGCAGUUGCUGGCUUAGGAUGGUUCUCCCUACGUUUGAAAGGCGAAGCAGAUUUAGCGUUGUGGACAUAUGAUGGCAUUCAGAUCACAUUGCGUGAACCAUUGGUACUUGAUUGUGCAGCCUCUAUCGAAAGACCUGGAUUUUGGCUACCAAAGGCUAUAUCAGAAGCCAUCGCUAACUUAUCGAAGCUUGAAGGUCAAGAAGCAAGGGAAAAGAAACCAUCAGAGGAGACAAUGCAACUUUCAUAAGUAUCCGACUAAAAGAGGCAGCUGAGUCAAUUUUCUUGUGAACAUU